UGUGAGAACAAAACAACGCACCAGACGUUUCAAACAUUGGGAGUUUCCUUUUCUUGAUCACUCUCGAAAACCCUUAACUUCUCAGAAUUCUUUUGCACCGAUCAAACCAUUUUCAGCUUCUGAUCUUCUUUCUGACAAGAAUAUCAGAAACCCAUGUUAGAUUUUUUCUGAGAAAACUGUUAUUUUCUUUUCUUGUUUCAAUUUUCUGUGCAAAAUCCCAGGUUCUGAAACUGUCGCUCUUAAUGUGAAAUUGAGUUUCUGACCCCAUAAUUCUGCCAAAAUUUUACAACCCUCUUCGUUUCCUUUCUUCUUCCUUUUAUUUAGGCUUACAAAUUUUGGUCUCUGGUACCGUUCUUCUGUGUUCGUGUUUUUUAUUUUUUUACUUUUUUGGAUUUUGUUUUUUCAUAAAAACACGAACGAGGGUGUUUAUUUGAUUAUGUGUUUUGAUGAUGGAUAAUUGGAGAAGGAAAAGGGGUGAUAAUUAUUGCCAAGAAUCUGCAAAAACAAGAUCUCAGAACAAAAAGCCACCUCUGGGUAGUUGGCAGCCAACUGUGCCUUCAUGGGAGAAGAAAUUCUGCACUUCAGUUGGUUCAGUUCCAUGGUGUAAGCUCUUGGAAACCAAGAAGUUUAUGUACCUUUAUGACAAUGUGGUGAAAUGGAACGAUUCUGCAGGGGAAGAGGCAUUCUACAAUGCCAAGAACCGGUUCUGGGCAGAAAUAAAUGGCCUUCCCUGUGACAUAUCACUGCCUGAUCCAAAUAUAUAUAUUGAUGAAAUAGAUUGGAAUUCCAACAUUGAUCCCGAGCUGCUAUUGGAUUUGGAACGCGAAUAUGUCAUUCCUGAUGGGGGAGAAAAAGAUGAGAAGGUUGUGAUUUUUGGUAAACAACUCCUUUCGAAUCAAUCAUUUUCUUGCACUGGCUGGGGAGAAGAAGAGGACGACUUAAAGAAGGCGACUAACUCAUCUUUGGAUAAUAAUAAAAAUCUGUUGGCGCUUAAUUGUACUCACGAUGUUGGCGCUGGUGCUGUGAGAGAGAAUGGCUGGGGAGAUGUUUGUGAUGAUGAGGCCAUGAAGGACAGUGGAUGGGGAGAUGGUUGGAACAAUUCCCAGAGUUUGAAUCAAUGGGAGAACAAUAAUAAUGAGUCUCAGAAUUUGAAAGACAGUACCGAUAGAGUUUGGGGAACACAGGAUGUCAACAACGGAAUGAGUGAAGGCAGUGUUAGGUACAUGUCAAGAUACAAAACCUUGAGGUUUCAUGGCAAUGAGCAUCAGAGGAGUCGUGAGUGGAGGAAUGGGAAGGUGAGGAAAAGGGCAAAUUUUGUUUAUGAACGACCUUUUUCAGAUAAAAGACCAGCUUCAAAGCAGUGGACUUGAGUAUCAGUGUGACCGACCAGUCAGACAUAGUGGAUCAUGCAAAAGCAGGAAAUCCAUGGGACUUGAGAGAGACCAGUUUUUUCGAAUCUGAAGUAAAUAGUAUGUUGUCAAUUUGAUUCUAUAUUAAAUUGUGGUGUGUAUCAGAAAGAAUGGCGCGUAAUGGCGCCAAGUAAUGGUACUGUAUUUCGGUUUUGCAGUUUUUCUUCUCUGAGAUUUUGAACGCUCGUGACAUUGGGGGAGGAUAUAUAAUAUCAGAUAGUAUGUUUGUUCUUC